CUGCUGUGUGUCCACCCGCCAGUAUUUAAAAUGGCGCCGUACGAGCGUACUGAUGAUCGUACGGUGGAUUCGUAACUGUUACGAUCGCCUUUAACCAAAAACCUCCGGUAGCCUUCGGUACUCGUUCAAAAUAUCUUCCCCGUGACAACACUCUCGACGAGAUGACCCAGCUAAACCGUGGCGAGCUUCGGCAGACAACCAGCUUCCAGCUACAGACGGGAGACGCAGGUGGCUUCUCCAACCGCAUGAACUCCGUGUUCGACUCGCUCAACGGACUGGAAGCGAAGCACAGGGCCUGGGAACGCGACCACGAAGGUUCAGCGAGUGCCGCAUCGCUGCUCAAAGACGACCCGGAAGCACCGGAAGAGAUCACAAAACGGUCAGAGCCCCCAGCAGCGUUUAAGCGACCCUGGAGUAACGCUUGCGCGCCUCGCAAGCGCAAGCCGCCGCCGUUCGGUGUCGGCGGCGGGACACCGGAUUUCAAACUGCAUCCCGAGAAAUGGACCAAGUACAGUUUAGAGGACGUGUCCGAAGACGACAUGUCGGAGGCCACCAACAAAGCGGCCGCUUUGGAGUAUCUUCGGGAAAGACGGUCGCAAUCCGGUAACGAUGCCGACGUGGAUCAGGCCGAUGGUGGUCAGGCGCGGCACGUAUUUCACAGGCGUUCGAAGGAUGAAAUGGACGUGGAUACCGGCGUCAAGCAGUUGAUUUCCCGUCCGGGCAAGAUUGUGAUGCCCGAGUGCGUGGUUGGAGCCAGGGCGCCCGGCAGGAAGCCAGCACUUCACAAAAUCGGCGCCCAAAGUGUGGUGGCGGCGUCCAGUGCUCUGUCCUUUAAUUACGACUACGAUGAUGAUGAUGGUGAUGAUGAUCCUCAUGCAGUUCAAAGUGAGGAACCGGGUGCGAUGCAGCCUGCUCCUGUGGAGAAACACACAGCAAAGAGCAAGCCUCGCUCUCUCCGUGCAAGAACUGACGACGACUGAUUUAUUGCACUUUGUUUUAUUUGGGUUAGAUUUGUCGAACAAUGAACGACCAGAAAAAUGGGGCCGUAGUAGAGCAUGAGGCUGAGACGAGGGAGGAAAACAUUCUGUAACUUGUUUUGCCGAUAUAAAGUCCCAGUCCUUCGUGCCA